AUGUUUGCUCUUCUUCUUGUAACUUUGGCUACAGCAAAAUACGCUGUUGUUUCUAACCUUGAUGGAUCUACUGCAGUCUACAAAUUUGAUCAAUGCUACUAUAUGAUGUUAAACAAUUACGUUAAGUUUGAAGAAAAUGGUGACAAGGUUAAAGGAUACGUGUCUAAUAAAUGUGGCAAUUGGGUCGAACAAGCCAGUGCCUCGUCUGGUGAUAUUGAAAUUAAAAGUGACUUGCCAGACUAUUACUUUGUUCAAUAUUUUUAUAACGAUGCCGAUAAUUGUGAAUUCGGUGAAAGUGAUGCUCAUCCUCUCGAAAACUUAUAUCCACAAUGUACCAAAAUUACAUUAGUAUCUACUUAUUCUAUAAAGGCUGAAAUUAAAGACAAAAUGAUUACAUUAACUCCUUAUAAUUCAGAAGAUUGCACUGGAGAUGUUUAUACCGCAUAUACCUCCGUGACCUAUGAACUCGAAAAAUGCACAAGUGUAAAUAACAUGAACUACAUGUUUUCUGAAGGUGCAUUUGAGGUCUUUGCGUUCCUCGCUCUUUUCAUUGCUUUCUUGUUUUAA